AUGUCGUCACUGCGCAAUCCUCCGCGGCACGUCACCAUCGGUGGCAUCGCCUUUGCCAUAAUCGUGCUCUUCGUCGUGUUCACACCGCGAUCGCCCCACGUAAACCUGCCGCAGUUCAAAUCCCCCUCGUCCUCGAGCAGCCAAGCCGACACGUCCAAUGCCCAGGGCUCGUACCUGGGAUCGUCGCGAGCAUCUGAGAAGCUGUACGGGAAGGAAUACCACGGCCACUCGUCGCCGUCCGACAUCAACCGCGUUACCAACGAUACCCUGGGCUUCUCCAAGAUCUUCGUCGUCGGUCUGCCCGAGCGCAGCGACAAGCGCGAUGCCAUUGCGCUGACGAGCUCCCUGACCGGAUUCCGUGUCGACUGGGUGGAUGGUGUCAGGGGCAACACGAUACCAGACAAGGCCGUGCCCUUUGGCACUGACAGGAAGAAGCUGUGGGAGAAUAACUUGGGCAGUUGGAGAGGACAUAUGAAUGCGAUCAGAAGAAUCGUCGAAGAAGACCUAGACUCGGCCCUCAUCAUGGAGGAUGACAUGGACUGGGACGUCCGGCUGAAGCCCCAAUUGGAGCGGGUGGCGCAAGGCGCUCGCGCGCUAUUGGGCUCGGCAUCAAACCCUACCUCACCCUACGGCGACGACUGGGACAUACUCUGGCUAGGCCACUGCGGCGAGGUCUUCCCAGAGUUGCUGGAUGAGAACAAGGGCAAGCCCGCCGACGACGCCGGCCUCAAGUACAUGCAGCGCAAGUUUGUUAUCGAGAACGACCUGACCGUUCCACCUCUCGACAAGGUCACCGGCCUGAUCGACUUCAAGCAGAGUCCGGAGCACACCCGCUUCGUCCACAUCACUGCUGCCCCCAUUUGCACCUUUGCGUAUGCCCUUUCCCAAAGGGGCGCAAGGAAGGUGCUCUUUGACCUCUCCGUCGAUCAUCUCAAUGGGCCCUUCGACAACUCGCUCGCUUGGCUCUGUAGACGGGCCGUCUCCAGCAUGGGCUCGACAGAUCCCAAAGCAGCCGGAGACCGCGGACUAGACGCCAAGUGUAUCAGCGUCACCCCGCCCGUCUUCUUCCACCACAAGGCCAAGGGUCUGAUAAGCGGCGACAGCGACAUCCAAACAGUGGCCGACAGCAAGAUCCGUGAGAAAGGCUCCACCGAGAACAUUGUCUGGAGCGCGAGGAGCAACAUCAGGAACAUGAUCAUGGGGACGAGGAUGGAGAGUCAGUACGAGGAGAGCUCGUCGAAAUCCUCCGGCUCAUCAUAA